AUCUUCUUCGAUCUUUAUUCACUCCGUUAUUCACCUAUCCCGAGGCGCCGCGACGUGCCAAAGCGUCUGGGGCGCUAGCUUAAACUCUGACCCCUCACUGUCAACCAUCAACUGUCAGUCAUCAUCAUUAUCAUCAUCAUCACUAUCAUCAUCGCACAAUCACCAUGAGCAACAACCUCGACCACGACCUCGAAGUCGCCGAGGUCGAGGCGGACCCCAAGAACCAAUCCUCAGGAUGGGACGAGGAAAAGCCUCGAUCCUCAGCCGAGGCUGCUAGGCCUUCGACAUCAGGAUCUAGUAUGUCCUCGACUGGCUCGAGUAGCUCUGUCGAGUACAACCCAAACUUCCAUAGACUGCAGUCGCGGAAUACAGAAAUUGACCUUGAGCGCCGACGAUCAACACUUUCUCAGGCGCUGAGCCGGAUAGAAACUCAACGGCUUCAGCAUUCCAUGACUGUGGGUGAAAGCGUCAAGUCGCGACCAUCCAAGCUUCCUCUACCCGCAUUUGGUGCUGGCAAGCCUUAUCCUCCACAGCUGCCAAACCGGGAAGAUUAUGUUGUUGAAUUUGAUGGACCGGAUGAUCCUCUAUACCCACAAAAUUGGUCACUAAAAACGAAAGUUUGGAUCAGCGCAAUGCUAGCUUUCACCAGUAUCUGCUCAACAUUCGAUUCCGCCGUUUUCAGCUCUUCUUCUAAAGCCGUUGCCAAAGUCUUCGGUGUUGGUCUCGAAGUCUCAACUUUGUCCAGUUCACUUUACAUCUGUGGUUAUGCCACCGGUCCUCUAAUCUGGGCCCCUUUAUCCGAAUUGAAGGGUCGUCGCCCACCAAUUAUCUUUGCCAUGCUUGGAUUUGGCAUUUUCAAUACGGGUGUUGCAGUCGCUAAAGAUUUGCAAACCCUCCUGAUUUGUCGUUUCUUCUGUGGUGUAUUUGGUAGUUCGCCUCUGGCAGUUGUGGCAGCUGUCUUUUCCGACAUUUACAACAACCGCACUCGUGGUAUUGCUAUUGCUUGCUUCUCGAGUACAGUUUUCUUGGGCCCUCUUAUCGCGCCAUUCAUUGGUGGAUUUAUCAACAUGUCUUACCUUGGUUGGCGCUGGACCGCCUAUAUCCCAGCUUUCAUGGGAUACGCUGCUUUCGUCAUGAACCUGUUCUUCCUGAAGGAGUCCUAUCCCCCAGUGGUUUUGGUGGAUAAGGCUGCGGAAUUGCGCCGUCGCACGAAGAACUGGGGUAUUCAUGCAAAGCAGGAGGAAAUCGAGGUCGACCUGAGAGAUUUGGUGAUUAACAAUUUCUCCCGUCCUCUGCGACUUCUCAUCAACGAGCCCCUGAUUCUCGCGGUGACAGUCUACCUCAGCUUCAUCUACGGACUUCUCUACUGCUUCUUGACUGCGUACACCCUCGUGUUCCAACAAGUUCACGGUAUGAAUGCUGGAGUCAGUGGCUUGCCCCUGUUUGGCAUGGUGGUCGGCCUUUUCAUUGCUGCCUCAUACAUCAUCCUUUCCAGUGGAGCAUACGUUCGCAAGCUAGAUAAGAAUGGCGGUAUUCCCAUUCCCGAGUGGCGUCUUCCACCAGUCAUUGCUGGUGGUGCACUUUUCGCUGCUGGAAUUUUCUGGUUCGGAUGGACUGGAUUUAGCAGCGAAAUCCACUGGAUUGUGCCCACGCUUAGUGGGUUGUUUACUGGAUUUGGCCUCUUGAUCAUUUUCAUCCAGCUAUUCAACUACCUGAUUGAUACCUAUCUUAUGUUUGCCGCUUCUGCCAUCGCCGCCAACACCUUCUGCCGUUCCAUGGUGGCAGCCAGUUUCCCCCUUUUCUCGCGCCAAAUGUUCCAAAACAUGGGUAUACAGUGGGCCUCCACACUGCUCGGCUGUCUCGCCGUGUGCCUAAUCCCCAUUCCCGUGGGAUUCUACUUCUUUGGAAAGAAGAUGAGAAUGAAGAGCAAGUAUGCGCCAUUCUUUGAGCCCGCAACUGAGGCGCAUGCUGUGGAGCAGGAAGAGGAUUUUGAAGAAAAUGAGGCAGAAGAACGUGCCUGAAAAGAUACCCCCAAAAUAUGGAUGAUUCUAAGCCCUGAAUGGGUUUAAAAAUAAUCAAUUUAGUUAAUAUUAGAGAUAAGCAUGUGCUUAAUACAGUGAAUAAUGUUCUGCUG